GUGCCCUUCGGAGACGCAGUGCUGGCCACCCAGGACACCUGCAUCGGGAGCGAGAUCUGUGAGGAGCUCUGGACACCCCACAGCCCCCACGUCGACAUGGGCCUGGAUGGAGUGGAGAUCAUCACCAAUGCCUCUGGCAGUCACCACGUGCUGCGCAAAGCCCACGCCAGGGUGGACCUGGUGACCAUGGCCACCACCAAGAACGGUGGGAUCUACAUGCUGGCCAACCAGAAGGGCUGUGACGGGGACCGCCUCUACUACGACGGCUGCGCCAUGAUCGCGAUGAACGGAAGCAUUUUUGCUCAAGGGUCCCAGUUUUCUCUGGACGAUGUGGAAGUCCUGACUGCCACGUUGGAUUUGGAGGACAUCAGGAGCUACAGGGCAGAGAUUUCAUCUCGAAACCUGGCAGCCAGCAGGGUGAGCCCCUACCCUCGAGUGAAGGUGAACUUUGCCCUGUCGUGCCACGACGACUUGCUGGAGCCAAUCUCAGAGCCUGUCAAGUGGAAAUACCACAGUCCUGAGGAGGAGAUAAGCCUUGGACCUGCCUGCUGGCUUUGGGACUUUCUAAGACGAAGCCAACAGGCUGGGUUUUUCCUGCCCCUAAGUGGCGGAGUGGACAGCGCAGCCACCGCCUGCCUCGUCUACUCCAUGUGCCACCAGGUCUGUGAGGCCGUGAAGAGCGGAAAUCAGGAGGUGUUGGCUGAUGUUCGGACGAUCGUGAACCAGGUCAGCUACACCCCCCAGGAUCCUCGAGACCUGUGUGGACGCAUACUGACCACCUGCUACAUGGCCAGUGAGAACUCCUCCCAGGAGACAUGCGGCAGGGCCGGAGAGCUGGCGCGGCAGAUUGGAAGCCACCACAUCAGCCUCCACAUCGAUCCGGCCGUGAGGGCCGUGGUGGGCAUCUUCAGCCUGGUGACGGGGAAGAGCCCGCUGUUUGCAGCUCAUGGAGGAAGCAGCAGGGAGAACCUGGCGCUGCAGAAUGUGCAGGCUCGGAUCCGGAUGGUCCUGGCCUACCUCUUUGCCCAGCUGAGCCUCUGGUCUCGGGGUGCUCGUGGUGGUCUUCUUGUGCUCGGAUCUGCCAACGUGGAUGAGAGUCUCCUGGGCUACCUGACCAAGUACGACUGCUCCAGUGCUGACAUCAACCCCAUCGGUGGGAUCAGCAAGACGGACCUGCGAGCCUUUGUCUGCUUCUGCCUCGAGCGGUUCCAGCUCCCCGCCCUGCAGAGCAUCCUGUCAGCGCCAGCCACUGCAGAGCUGGAACCGUUGGCCAAUGGACAGGUGUCCCAGACUGAUGAGGAAGAUAUGGGGAUGACAUACGCAGAGCUCUCUGUCUAUGGGAAGCUCAGGAAGAUCGCCAAGACGGGGCCCUACAGCAUGUUCUGCAGACUCCUGAACAUGUGGAGAGACAUCUGCACCCCAAGACAGGUGGCUGAAAAAGUGAAGCAGUUUUUCUCCAAGUAUUCCACGAACAGACACAAGAUGACCACGCUCACACCGGCAUACCACGCUGAGAACUACAGCCCUGACGACAACAGGUUUGAUCUGCGACCGUUCCUCUACAACACCCGCUGGCCUUGGCAGUUUCGGUGCAUAGAAAAUCAGGUGCUGCAGCUUGAGAGGAAAGAGCAGCAGGAGCUGCACGACGUGGACUGAUGGGCAGUCCCACCUGGAUGCCUCCUCUCCACGGGGACCCAGUGUCACCUGGCAUGGCUGGCGGCCAAGGGCGGGAGCUCCAGCACCUCCACCUGAGCGGCCCGGGGUCAAGCUUCGUUUUACAUUUCGAGGAGGGAUCUUUCAUUCUCAUUCCUUAAAAGGAGGCUAAUAAAGCGAACGUGCCGUGGCCGUCC